GGUUCAGUCUGAAUCGGGUCAGAAGUGCGAGGUUCUGUUUCAUGAACAGAACCAGAGUUCUGGGUCGUUUCUCCUGCAGGAAGUUGAGUCUGAGAGCAGAAGUGUUAUCAGCUGUUAUCACCUCGCCGCGGCGCCACUCAGGUAUAAAACGGCAGACCGGGAGGAGGGGACAGACAAACGGACGACCCGGGCAGGAUGGAGAGAACCCAGGUGCUGGUUCUGGUCGUCAUGUUCCUGAGCUGCACUCAGGCUCAGGACACCACCUCCUCCAGCUACAGCUCCUCCACUGUCGUCAUGGCGACCACCCUCAUCUCAACCAUCACAGGGACUAAUGCGACCCUCCAGUCUACGCUCAGCUGGUCGCCCCCCCCCUCGGAGACCGGUACGCCCCCCGGCGGCAGCAGUGACAGCCCCACCAGAGCCCCACCCACCUCCUCCACCCACCCCUCCAACACCACCGCCCCCCAGACGGACGUCCAGCCGUCUGCGACGACCCGGAUCACGGCGGCUCCCAGCCGGAACCCCCCAGGCAGCAGUAGCGGUACGACGCCCCUGACCUCUGCCGCCCCCACGGCGGGGUCGGGCUGCGUGUCUGCAGGCCGCAGGCUGCAGCAGCUGCUGCUGGCUGCGGCCUGCACGCUGCUGCAGCGCGCCACUCACACCUGAACCUGGACUUUCUCUGGGUUCAGCGGUGACGUGCUGCAGGCGCUGAGCUCUGCUCUGAUCCAAUAUAAACCGUCAGAAAUCAUCGGAACUUUUGUUUUUAUGAGCAAUAAAACGUUAACCGGUUCUGCUCGUGUUUGUCCUGAACCGAAAGUCCAACCCGCCGCUCCGCUCCGCUUCGCUGCAGCUGAUGGAAAACUAAACCCUGAUCCUGAUUUACAUCCUGAUUUUAAAAGGGAAACAGCUUUUAUUUGCAGAUCAACACAUGCAAAUCCAGCCGGUGUUCUUUGUGCGGAGGACAUUCAGGAUUAAACAGCCUGGAAAAACGUCCACAAAACAUCAGGAAUAUCCACAUUCAAACAGAUUUCAGACGAAGGGAACGCAGCUCCCGCAUUAUUAAAGGUUACCUCAGAAAAUCUGUACAUUUGUCUUUAAUCCAGAAACAUUUCAGAUGUUUCACUUUAAAAUCAAACCUGGUCCAGAUUAAUCAGACAGGAUUUAUGUUCUGGGUGUAAAAUAUUCAGUCUGACAUCAUUCAGCCGCUCGGCCCAAUUAUCAAACAUUAAAAUCAGAUUUUUCCAGGAUUUCACAGCUUCGAUUCAGUUUUCCUGAUUUGAGUUUAAAUCCGUUUUGAUGACCAGUUCCUCCUUUCAGACUGAACUCAGCGACGCUUUGCUCCAGAACCUGAGCAAAGAUAAAAACUAUAAAACUGUUACUGAGCUCAGGCCUGUUUAUUCAUCUAAUGCUGAAUUUAAAAUGUUGCUUAUUUGGUGAUAAAUUAUUUCUGAUUAAAAUGUUCUA